GACGUUCAAAAUUGUACACAAAACAGAGCUUGUGUGACGGAUCAGAGGAAAAUAAGGAGGUAAAAUUAGAUUUCUAGAAAUUCUAGAUUAAUCUAGUUUACAGAGAAGCUGUUUAGUUCAACUUGACCUUCAAGAAAAAAAAACCAAGAUGGCAGCAGGAGCAGUGGUUGUUCCUUCCAUAAUCCCGCUAAGGAUUCCAGUCCAAGGGAAAAGCAAGACAGACAUUGACACCAACACUUAUGUAGAGCUCAAAAGUACCACCCCAGAUAUUGAUAUCUUCUACACCAUUGAUGGCACGAAACCAGAUCCAUUCCAGACCAUUGGACAGAGAACUACAUUCAUGUACCAGAGACCUUUCAGGCUUACAGAGGGCAGAAGAACUGUCAAGGCUCUUGCUAUGGCCAGGGAUCAGACUAGAGAGAGUUUUGUAGUAAGCAAGACUUUCUUUGUGGAGUGGGUGAGAGAGGAAACUGAUGAAACGGACGAUGAGGAGAGUCUGUUAGAGGCAGAGGCCAGGAACCAAAGCCCUGGACUUAAGCUGACAGCCUCCAAGACAACAACUGCUCUCCUAAAGAGAGUAGUAGAGGCAGAGACCAGAAGACCUGACUCAAUCAAGGGAUCUAACUACAGGAAACCUACUGUAGGAACCCGCUUCAUGGAAAAUAGGAUGGGCACCAAGAAACCCAGCGUCUCAAGGGGUCAAAAGGUCGGACAAGGAAAGAAAACUCCUGAUCUUGCAAGUGAAGAUGAUAAGAAGAAGACUAAAAAGAUUCCAGAGAACUUUACUCAAGCAAACAGAAUACAGAGGCAAACAGAUUUCUUAAAAUGUAUCUUCUGUUUUGCUGACCGUCCAGCCGAUCCAUUUGCUCGUUUCUGUAUUUCAUGUGGAUCACCUGUUCCUGCUAUUCCCAAUGCCAGGCUGCCCCCUCCAGAGCCUGCCCAACUUGGUAUGUGUGUUGGAUGUCAUUCUAUGAUACCUCUCAAUGUGGCCAAGUGUCUGGUUUGUGAGAUGGAUGUUCCUCCGCAACUUGUACCACAAGCAUCAGUCAAAUUACAGGACAAGCUUGUAUGCAAUGAAUGUGGUACCGGUAACCCUGCUAACAUGCUAUACUGUGUGACGUGUGAACACCCAUUGACAGGAGCUAAUAGACAUCUCAAGCCAACAUACAGUCAGUUUGCUGCUCCCCCCGAGCCAGGUCAAAAGGGACGUCUUUUGUGCUGCAGCAAAUGUGGGCGUGUCAACAGUAGCGAUGCUAGAUACUGUGAUUGGUGCGGUGCAAAGCCUGCUCCCACCACAUCAUUGAUGACCUGUUCAAGAUGUAAAGCAGCCAAUCAAGCGUACUCAUCAUUCUGUCAUUCAUGUGGAGUGUUGAUUGAACCACCAGUAAGGAAUGAUCCUAGAAACAAUGGCAUCACUGUUGGAGGCAAACAUACUUCACAGGUAGUGGACCAGAACGGUGAUUCAUCCUGGGUUCCCAUGACAGUCCCUAGGAAGGAGCCACCUAAGGUCUCUGUCUCCACCAUGACGGCAGGGAUCUUCUACCCAUCCAACAAGGGACUCAUCAAGAAGGAGCUAGAGCAGCAGGAGGCUAAGGUCAAGCAGGAUGCUAUGAGUGACCGUAAGGUCACCCUUACAGCGGUCAGUCCGGGCAAAGGUUACUGGAGACAACAAAUGGAUCAUGUAUGUGGUCAUCUCAAAGCGCAUGCACAGAACAAUACAGACUUCAGGAACAUGAUUGGAGAACCUAGGAUGGGAAAGUUAGUGACGGCAGCUGUGCAUGAAGAUGGCUAUGAGCUUAGUCUGACGGUAUGCUUUGCUCUAAGAGGGUCGAAAGAUGCUAUGACAGGUAAACCUCUAGGAAUCACCAAGUCAACAUUACUAAGUGAUGUGACAGAGGGAAGGAGAAACAGUACAAGUAGUCCUGUUACUCAAGAGAGACCUUCAAGUGGUAACAGAGAAUCAUCAUCUAGGAAAGACUCUCCUAAGAAAGAGACUCCUAAGAAGAAAACAAUCAAGAAGAAACCUGUCAAUGAGAAACUUACACCAUAUGACAAGGAUUUACUAAGAGAAGUUGGUCCAAGAGGAGAUGGAGAUGAGGAAGAGAUUCAGAGUCUAUUUGAAGAGGGAGCUGACCCAAACAGUGAGAAUGCUGAUGGUCUUCCUGUUCUAACAGUGGCUGUGCUCAACAAACACUUUGAGAUUAUACCAGCUCUCAUCUACCAGGGUGCUGAUGUGAACAAGAAAGUUGGACAGAAAGGAAACACUGCCCUCCAUGAAGCUGUUCAGCUUGGAUACGAUGGCAAGAAGGGCGUGGUCACUCUCCUUAACAACGGAGCCAGUGCUAAGCUGAAGAAUAACCGUGACGAGACACCUGCAGCGAUGGCUACCAGGCUGGGCAAUGAGAGUAUCAUCAAUGUGUUCACCUCAACAGCAGGCCAGGGUAUGCUAGACAGGAUCAAGAAGCAAGCCUUGGGAAAGACUAAGACUAUUGGUGAAGAUGAUUUCUGAGCAACUCUUUCAAGAAUUUGCUAAUCUAUAUUGGUCAUGAUGAUGAUUAAAAUGGUGGAAAUGUGAUUUACAUUCCAAGUUUCAUAAAAUGAAUACCUAAGUACAAUAUACUCUUGAUUUUGACGUAUGUUGACCACAUAUCAAUAAGUCCCUUGAUUUUAACAUCUUAACCUCCCCUAAUUCCAUAUUCUAUGGCUUUCUAGUACAUUUUAACUAAUUGCACUUUCAAAGUGUAUGGUAAUCAAAGUAAAAAGUUUUUGUAUCGAUUGGAAUUUUAUACAAUAAUGAAAUAACAAAUGUCAAAAACAGGCUACAAAAACAGAACAAAACAAGCAAAACAAACCCUUAAGAUUAAGUGUUUAUCAAAGGCGCUACCGAGAUGAAUGUCGUAACUGCUCGUCACUGAAAUCUGUCUUUGUAUUGAUAUGUUUUGAAGCCGACAACACUUUGCCCAUGAUUCGUGUGGUUUUUGGCAUAUUUUGCCAGCGUCCUUUAACCCCGAACACCAUUUUGUAGAUGGAUUGCUAACCAGAUUUAUUAAAUUGUUUGUGAUAUGUCAUGCAGGCUAGCUGUGUGAAUAUUAACAACAGUGACCAUUGGUUAGAAGUUGCCAUUGCGCCAUUCAUUGUAUGUAUUGAACAAAGAUUAGUGGUAUUGGUUACCUCAAAUUUCCAGGAUGUACUAUGUUGCACCGUCCAAAAACAAUGCAAGCAAUAUGAUGUGUUCAUCAAUUUGACUUAAAUUGAAAUUAUGAUAUUGAAUUGAAAUCCCUUAGGAUGAUGGUCAGUUCAAGUCAUUGCAUCAAAUGACUGUAUUUUCAAUAGUAAUUUUAUGCUGCAAUUUAUAGAAUUAUGUAUUCAUUGAUGACUGUAUUCAAGCUUGUGCAUCUUACAAAACCUUGUAGAACUACUUGUAUAUAUAUAAUGAGAUUUAUAUCAAUUACUCUGUAUACUGUGAGCUUUAGCUUCUUCAGUUUGAUAAGAUCAGCUGUUGUGAACACAAAAGCAUAACAACAACAAAAGUGUGAGGAACAUUGAAGGAUUAUCAGAACUCAUUUAAAUCCAGUUUAUUUGAAUAGAUGGAAUUAGUCUUUGGUUUUGUAGUCCAUUACUUUUCAGUAUGGAAAAUUGAAGAUGGGAAUUUCUUUCCAUUUUUAAUGUAGAUAAAAGUGUGCUAUUAAAUAAUAUGUUAUGCUGCCUUGAUUGGAGCUGUAUGAAGUAUGAAAGGGAAUCAAUGUUUAAUAUGGCAUCAUGCUCCGAUGAAAUAAUAUCUUCUUAUGUUCCUUCCAUCACAGAGAUGGUCUGUCCUUUGCUAAGAUAUGAUACUUUACAAGAGCAUACAAUAUUGAUUGGCUGAAUACUGAUUAUUUUGUCUUUAGACUACACAUUCUUUAUGAAAAUACAUUUGGAUUAUCAAACAGUAAAGCUUUAGUAAAGAUCUUUUCAAGAACCAUAACAUCUGCCCUCAGUGAAAACAUAGUAGAUUCUUAUAUUUACUAAAGAUCAUAUAAAUGCAUGAAUUAUACAGAACAAUAAGGCAUUGUUUCUUCAAAUUCAAUUAUAAUGAAAUUGUAGUGACUACGCUUGCAAUAUGUGGAAUGAGAUGAGUGAUUAUGAUAUAUAAACGAUAUUGGUUUAAGAAACUGAUAUAUGUGAGAUGGAAGCAUGCAGGUAGGAAAUGCAUAGAGAUAGGUUGUGGAAAGAUCUCUUCAAAGAACUUAAAGGAAUGAAAUCUAAGCAUUCAUGCAAUAGUGUUAUAUGUGUAGAUGGAAGCCUAAAUUUACCACGUACAAUUUCCCAUAAACUUGUGGGCUCUUUGCAUCUUUGAGGUUGUGGCAAGUAUGUUGCAGUAUUCAAACAUUUUAUUCAUUAUUUGAAAGCUAAAACAGUUCUAAUUAGUAAUAUACAGGGUGUAUUGAGUGAAUGUUGUGACUUCUUGCUAGAUAACUAACUCAUAGUGCAAGUAAAUGUUCUACUAUGUAUAUUUUAUAUUGCUUUGUGUUUUAUAAUUUCUGAAAAUCUAAACCUUGAUGUAUAUAAUGUUUGUAUUGUAAAUUAUUGUGCAAUUUACUAUGGCAUUCUGAUGGCUGAUGUAAUUGAUCUACGAAAACUUUGAAAAGUCUUUUCGAGUGAAAUAAAAUGAAAUUAAAUGAA